AUGAUUUUUUACCUUAUAGCUGUAAUUAUUUUGUUAAUUUAUUUAUUUUUCAAAAAAACAUUCUCAUUUUGGAAAGAUCAUGGUUUUCCCUACAUAAAAGGUUCAUUUCCAAUGGGGAGUCUCGGUUCCGUUAGAACUAAAGAAGCUAUGUGUGAAUUUAUGAGACGAGAAUAUGACAAUUAUAAGAAUAAAGGACCAGCAUUUGGUAUUUACUUCAUGACACGUCCAGCACUUGUUAUUACAGAUCUAGAUCUCCUCAAAGAAGUUCUUAUUGGGAGUUUUGAUAAUUUUUAUCACAAAGGAUUCGAGUUUGAUGAAAAAACAGAUCCACUUUGGAGCAAUUUAGCAACGAUUAAUAAUUUAGAGCAAUGGAAAAUAUUAAGAGCUAAAAUAAGUCCAACAUUCACAAGCGGUAAAAUGAAGAUGAUGUUCCCAAUUGUAUUGGAAUGUGCAGAUAGAUUGAUCGAGUACAUCAAAGAAGUUAACCAUGAAAAUUUAGAAAUGAAGGAAAUUUUCUCAGCAUUAACAACAGAAGUAAUUGGAAAUAUUGCAUUUGGUUUGAACGUCAAAUGCAUUGGAAAUCCAGGCAGUGAAUUUAAAAAAAUAACAAAAAGAGUUUUCGAACCAACAAAUUGGGAUAAUUUUAAAUUCCUAUUUAUGUUUGCGCUUCCUAAAGUUGGAAAAAUAUUUAACAUGUCGAUCAAUCCAAAGUUCAUCACUGAUUACUUUUUGGAUAUUGUCAGCAGCAACUUAGAAUACCGAGAAAAAAAUAAUAUCCAACGAAAUGACUUCUUCCAAUUGCUGAUCAAUAUUAAAAACAGUGAACAAGGCAUGACUUUAAAUGAGAUGACUGCAAAUUGCUUCAUAUUUUUUCUUGCUGGAUUCGAGACUAGUUCAAGUGUCUUAACAUUUUGCUCUUAUGAGCUUGCACUUAAUCAAGAUAUCCAAAACCGUUUGAGGAUGGAAAUUGAUGAAGUCCUUAAGAAACAUAGAGAAGAAGUAACUUACGAUUCAAUUGCAGAAAUGAAGUACCUAACCAAAGUUAUUAAUGAAACAAUGAGAAAAUAUCCAAUUUUUGAUACAGGAAUGCGUCAGUCUUCAAGAGAUUUUAAAAUUCCAAAUUCUGAUUUAUUAAUUCCUGGCAAAACUAUGAUUAUGAUACCAGCCAUUGGUCUGCAUUAUGACGACAGGUUCUAUAAAAAUCCUGACAAGUUUGAUCCUGAACGAUUUAACGAAGAGCAUGUUCAGAAUAGAAAUCCAUUUGCUUUUAUUCCGUUUUCUGAUGGUCCUCGAAAUUGUAUUGGAUUGAGGUUUGGACUAAUGGAGAUAAAAAUUGCAAUCGUAAGGCUGUUGAGAAGUUUUAGUAUUCACCCAUGCAGCAAGACACUAAUUCCAAUGCAGUAUUCCUUAACUUCUAACUUCCAAUCACCAAAAGAUGGAUGUUGGCUUAAAUUAGAGAAAUUAAGAUGA